CGGCAGCGCCGGUAUCGAUCUGAGCGUUUCGUGUGGCCGCUCGUGCACGACGCGACGUUCUCUCGGGAUAUUCGCCCAGUGGUCGCCGUCGGCGCCGGCCUUGCUGCACUGUUUACGCGCACUGUAUAUUUAUUUCAUCCGCGCGAUCAUGCUCACCGGAGCUAAUUGAUAACGCGACACACGCAUCCGCGAGCGCAUCUGCGACCCGCACCGGCCUGUCUCCGCGAUCUCCUACACUACAAACCUGAUAAACUUUAGCAUUCACCAUGGGUUGCUUCGUUAGCAAAGACAAGCUGACGAAAGAGGACAUGGAUUUUCUAAAAACCCAUACGUCCUACGAUGAGACCACCAUUAAGGAAUGGUACAAGGGAUUCAAGCAAGACUGCCCCAACGGCAGAUUGACGCCCGCCAAGUUCGUCGAUAUGUACAAGAUGUUCUUCCCGUCCGGGAAUGCCGUCGAGUUCUGCGACCACGUCUUCCGCACAUUCGACAUGGACAAGAACGGAUAUAUCGACUUCAAGGAGUUUCUGCAGGCCAUCCACGUGACGUCGAGCGGGACGCCCGAGGAGAAGCUCAAGUGGGCAUUCCGCAUGUACGAUGUCGAUGGCAACGGUGUCAUUGACAUCCAGGAGAUGACGAAAAUCGUGCAGGCUAUUUAUGACAUGCUCGGAGCAUGCUCUAGUAACCGGCCGGCGGACUCUGCUGAGGAGCGCGCUAAGAACAUCUUCGCUAAGAUGGAUGAGAAUAACGACGGCCAACUGACGCAGGACGAGUUCCUUAAGGGCUGUCUGCAGGAUGAGGAACUGUCGAAAAUGCUGGCGCCUUAAACAGGCAAACAGCUUCUUUUAACCCUACGAUCGUUCUCACAUACCCACCCUCAUUGUAUGCCUCACGAUAACCCGACGGCGUCGUCUUGUCCACACGGCAGCAUUAUACAAACAAUCGAAUUAUCUCUAUCGAUAUAGUUUCAGUCAAUCAUUCGAUCAUUAACUUACAUUCUCACUGUAAAUAUAUUUUCCAAAUUAAUACUCACCCGCGCUAUCAAAUAGUUUCUAUUCUGUACAAAUUUUUUGUAUCAAGUAACAUUUAUUACCGAACAUUUUUAACAUUUGGAGAAAUUUUAAUCGUUGCGGUGUAAGUGGAGGUAGUUAAACCGGGUCAGGUUGUAUCAUCGAGUCGGAUCUAACACGGUACGCGGUUCGGUUGUGGUGUUGCCGUCGUGUUGACACGGCGCGACUACGUAGCAUGUGUCGGUCACUCACAUUGUGUGCGCAUCUGCCGCUGCACCAUCUGCCGAGCUCGAUAUGAAUCGCAAACCGAGCCACAAUGUCGUUCUGUCCGCCGAGUAAACGCUAACAAUCUAUCGAUUGCAUCCGCAUGUCGGUGUGUGCGCUUCGUUCCACCCAAAUCUCGGCUAAAAACAGCCACGGACGAACAAUGUAUCCUAGCGGCGAUUACUCGCCUCGGCUUGAGGUAUUUUAAGCCGACGCCCGACGUGCGCUUCACAAUCUGCUUUACCACGACACAUGUGAAUUUUGUCGAUUGUAAAAAAAAGUAUUGUAAAAUUAAGCUAUUAUUGAUGUAACGAAAUUGACGUCAAUGAAUCCUCGAUUUAAAAAUUGUCCAUUCCUAUUGAUAAUUGUAUGAAUGAUAAUUUAAUGUAUGUGGAAUAUGUCGCUGUCGGAUUGUCCACUUCGCUAAUAGUAUAAGAUUGUGUCCGAACCAUUCACUUCGUAGACGCUCUAUGACUAUUCCUAUGUGACUCUCGGUCUAUCUGGUUCAACGCUAUAUUCGAUCCGAUGUCGGAUUACUAUGAUAUAAUACUGCACAGUAUAAAUCUUACAUUCUAAUAUUAAGGCAAAAUUAGUGUAGCUAUGUAUGAACAGAAUCGGUCAGAUUGUAGGCACAGCCGGACCGGUCGCCGGCACUCGACACCACGCACGCGCUGCAAUCUGAUCUCUUCUGACGGGUUAAGUUCAGUUUACGUAAGUUAACAUAACCGUAAUAUUCUACAUGAGUAAACUUUAUAUUACUAUCGUUUCUAGUAUCGGUGUUGUUUAUUAUUGGUGUUAUUCGUAAAUUCGUCAGGGAUCUCCACAUCGCCCGGCCGCCCGGGCACUCACGCUUUUUAAUCCCAAUAUUGUUUAAACGCUUUCGUAUACUCUCUAUUCGUGAUACUAUCUGUUACUUCGCGUCGUAAUAAAUUACUUACCUACUAUUUAUACUAUUUAUUGGAGUAUUUGUAUGUAUCUCCCGAUGAUUUUCCACUACUGUGCCUUCUAGUUCCCCUUUGUAAAUAGUUUACCGAUUCAGCAUUAUUUAUUUCAUCUACCAGCUAAGUUUAUUGGUUGUCAACUUUGCCAAAGGCCGUAUUCCCUACCUAUAACUUAACCAAAUUGUAGUGUGCCCUAGUCCCAAUUUCGUAUUAUAGUUAAUUUAAGCAUAUUUAUUAAAUUUCGCAGUCUGCACAAUAGGCACUGGCCGCACAUAGUCGAAAGGGUCGCGAUAUUAUUAAUUAAUUCAUGUUAAUGUUAAGCUAUGUUCUAUUAGUUUUCAGUGCACAAAUAUAAUGUAAACAUACGUACAAGUAAAGAUGGCAGAGCGGAAUUAACGCACAAUUAAAUAGUCACGAAAAACGCAUAAAACUGUUGGCUCGAGUCAGAAAUAUGUCAUCAUACACUGUUCUCCAUCGUUAGUCUAACAGUUAUAUCCCAUCAAAUCAGAUGACAUCUUGAAGACGGUAUUUUGCUUCACUUAGGGUGACAAAAUUUUACAACAACUAAAUUCAUUAACAUCGACAACAUUUGAUACCACAUCGUCACCACAUAAAUGGCCUCCGCAUAUAACAACUCCUGUGAAGCUACUGCAAUAACCAAUAUCUAAUUGCAAUUAUUUUUAUAAUACCGUCUCAUUUUUUGCAAAAAACAA